AAGGUACUUCCUGUCGAGGAAAGCGGUCGCCGUGGACGCCGGUCGACGGCUGUGGCGCGUGUUCCGCUUCCUGGUCCGGGAAACCAGACAUGAAGAUCACUAGGCAGAAACACGCCAAGAAGCACCUGGGGUUCUUCCGCAAUAACUUCGGAGUCCGCGAGCCGUACCAGAUCCUGCUGGACGGCACCUUCUGUCAGGCGGCGCUGCGGGGCCGCAUCCAGCUGCGGGAGCAGCUGCCCCGCUACCUCAUGGGGGAGACGCAGCUGUGCACCACGAGAUGCGUGUUAAAAGAGUUAGAAACACUAGGAAAGGACUUGUAUGGGGCAAAACUGAUUGCACAAAAAUGCCAGGUUCGAAAUUGUCCCCAUUUCAAGAAUGCAGUGAGCGGGUCCGAGUGUCUGCUUGCCAUGGUUGCAGAGGGCAAUCCUCACCAUUACUUUGUGGCCACACAGGAUCAGAAUUUGUCUGUGAAAGUUAAGAAAAAGCCUGGCAUUCCCCUCAUGUUUAUUAUUCAGAACACGAUAGUCUUGGACAAACCUUCUGCCAAAACGAUUGGCUUUGUCAAGGCGGUGGAGGCCGGGCAGCUCGUCUCCACACACGAGAGGCAAAGCAUCGAGCAGCAGAAAGAGGAGCAGGGGUUAGUGAAAAGCCCUGAGCAGAGAAGAAGGAAGAAGCGUAGGAAAAUAAGUGGUCCCAAUCCGCUCAGCUGUUUGAAGAAAAAGAAGAAAACCCAGGACCCAGCGGCGUCUGCUUCCAAGAAGAAAAGGCCACGGAGGAGAGUCCGGAACAGACCCGCCUCCAGGGUGCUCUCCGAGAAGCCGGCUGCAGAAGGGAACUGAAGCUUGUGGGCUCCUGAAGACAUUCACAUGAGUUUAUUUCUGACUGUAAAGGUAUUCACAAUAAAAGAUGGAAUUUCUUUUGUAUAUGAGUAUUGAGACCUAUGAUUUUUUUCUCAGUUAUUACAAGAUAGAAAGAGUGGAUGGGGUUAGUUGUGUUGGGGUUCACUGACCCUGAUUGUUUUUCAGUGUGACAUUAUUGGGGCCAGUGUUGUGGCAUAGCACGUUAAGCCACUGCCUACAAUACCAGCAUUCCACAGGACUGCCUCUCAGGUCCCUGCUGCUGUUUUCAGUUCAGUUUCCUGCUAA